AUGGCCCCGGCCGCGCCGGGCGGGCCCCGCCGCGGGGAGAGCGAGGAGCGGGCGAGACCGCGGGCUGACGGGGAGGCGGCGGGCUCACGGCUCACACGCGCAGACCCAGGGGCCCCGGCGACUCCGGCGGCGGCAGCCGGGAGGAGGAGGGUUGGGCGCCUCGCGCCCGGCCGCCAUGCCGCUGCCGUCUGCCUCCCCCCGCCCCCCGAGCCUCCGCGCCCCGGAGGCCGCCCAGCCGCCCGCACCCAGCCGAGACCUGCACCCGUAUGCCCGCCCCCGCGCCGCCCCGCCCCCCCGCCCCGCCCCAGCCAAUCCCGGCCCACGCUCGCCUCCGGCCCGCCCCCCGCGGCCGCCAGGUGUCAGCGCGCCGCCGCCCCGCCCCCUCGCGAGAGCGCAGACGCGGGGGGGCGGGGCCGCGGGGGGCGGGGCCGGAGCUCACCGCGUGCGGAGGCGGCGAGGCUGCGGUCGGAGGGGACGCGCGAAGGCCGGUCCCGGGAAAGGCCGUGGGCUAGCCCGCAUCAGCGCUGCCCUCUGCGGAUCGCACGCAGAUCCCUCUUCGGUAUAAGAACAGGGCAGACAUCCCAGCCACGGUACACGGGCAGGCGAAAGGAAACGAUGGUUCUCUCCCCUCUCACCAUCCUGAGUAAGGAAUGA